UGAGUAUCCAUCUUUUGUAGUUUUUGACACCUCCUGACAGGCAGCGGUCGAUAUUUAGCAAAAAUUGUUCGUAAGUCUUCCUAAAACAAACGAACAAAAUGGCUUGCAAAUUCUGCGGUCCUAAACUAUCUUUAUGUGGGCUCGUCUUGAGUGUAUGGGGAAUUAUUCAAUUGACCUUGAUGGGCGUUUUCUACUAUAUACGAGCUGUAGCUCUGCUUGAAGACAUUCCUCUCGGUGAGAAACACGGCAGCAUCGAAGAAUUUGUAGCUGAAGUAGAACAUGGAUAUAAUCAGAACGCCCUUAAUUGCUGGAUCGCCGCCUUACUCUAUGUGAUCACAUUAGUAAUUUCUGGUCACCAGUUCUGGAUGAAUAAUCGCUCAUCAGUUAGCAUGUAAUAUGUACUUUAUAGGUGCACACACUACCUUUUGUUAAUAUCUCCAUUCCAAUUACUUUGGCCAGAAAAAUUGUAUAUUCAGCAUUAAAAAUACAUGCUUUGCCAGAUUCACAUAGUAAAUGUUAAUAUAUUAAAUUAUUUCAUUAUAUGCAAUUUUUCUAGACAAUUUAAUCUGUAUUAUAGAAGAAAAAAAAUAUUUAUUACAACUCCUGAACUUGCUCUUAUUGUCCCCAAUUGUUUUUCCAGAAAGUAAUGUAGUGCUAUUAUUGCAUUUGAAGGUCAAGAUACCAUUAAAACCUUAAGAAUAGCAGAAGUUCUAUUCUUAUUAUACCAAUGUUAUAAAACAAAACAUCUCUGUUAAAAAGUAUUAUGUUGAUGAAUAUUUGUUCAGUAUAAAUUGUACAUAAAAUAUAGUUCUGUAGGUACAUUGUAAUAUGAUUCUAUAGUUUUUUCUUGAAUUAAAUAAUAAUGUUACAAA